GUGUGUAGCUGCUGUCUCCACUUAAAAGAAGUGCAGAAUACUGACUAAAGAUGUCUGGCCGUGGUAAGAAAGCUGUACCCAAACCUUCAAAAUCCUCAGUGUCCCGGUCUUCGAGAGCUGGGAUCACUUUCCCGGUGGGCCGCAUCCAUAGGCUUCUGAGGAAAGGCAACUAUUCCCAGCGAGUUGGCAAUGGCGCUGCUGUUUACCUCUCAGCCGUCCUGGAAUACCUGUGUGCUGAAAUCCUGGAGCUGGCAGGAAACGCUUGCCGUGACAACAAGAAGCAUCGCAUCGCUCCUCGCCACAUCUUGUUGGCAGUGAAAAAUGACGAAGAGCUCAACAAACUGCUGGCAGGGGUCACGAUCUCAGAUGGUGGCGUCAUCCCAAAUAUCCAGGCAAGCCUUCUACCCAAGAAGACCAAGGUGUCCAAGGAUGACAGUACUGCUAAAGACCUUGAGUCUCAAGAGUUUUAAUUGUGGAUUUAUCUUAGUUUUGCAAAUUUUAUCAUAAUAAAGUCUUAUGUUUUUCAA